UUUUUCUUUUCUUUUUCUCUUCUUUUUCUCUUCUUUUUAUACAUAUAUGAAAUAGACCAAGAUGUCAUUCAAGUUCGAGUUGGAACAAUGGCAAAAGGCUUGUGACGCAUUUGAUACCAACAAUUACGACCAAGCACUUAAAAUAUUUAUUAGCAUAGCCGAUAGUGCUAAAAUGCAUUUUAAUAUUGGUUCUAUUUUCUUAUGCUUGGAUGAUCAAAAAAGAGCUAUAACGGCAUUCAAUAGAGCAAUCACAAAGGACCCUUAUUUUGCUGUAGGUUACUUUCAACGGGGUGUAUCAUUAUUUCUAUUAGGCGAUUUAGAAUCAGCCAAAAAUGAUUUUGAUAGCGCUUUUCAUAGACUACGGGGUAAUAGCUUAAUUAAUUAUCAACAAUUAGGUCUUCAGUUUCGUUUAUAUUCUUGUGAAGUCUUAUUUAAUCGUGGUAUAUGUCAACUCUAUUUGGGUAAUAUCGAUGCUGGUCUCACGGAUCUCUAUCAUGCACAAAAAUCAAAAGUAACUGAAGAACAUGAUAUCAUCGAUCAAGCCGUUCGUACUCGCGGGAAAGGUUUCUCAGUUUAUUCAUUACCACCUGGUUUACUUUUUCGUCCGUCGGAGUUUAGAUUACAUCAAUUAAAAGGAAUCCAUCUGUUUCAACAAGAUGACGAUACGUCUGUUUCGAAAAGAAAAAAUUCAAUAUUUUUAUAUCAGUCAUCGGAGGAAAAUGAGGAUGUACUAAAAAAGAAAGAGAAAGAUCAAACAUCAUCAACGACAACGAUAAGACCUAAUCCGAUCAAUACACUUUCCUCUUCCUCUUCCUCUUCCUCUUCUUCUUCUUCUUCUUCUUUGAUUUCACCUAUUUCUCCAUCUCCAGUAACGCCUUCUUAUAAUAAUAAAUCUCUUUCAAGACGUCUAAUUGAAAAUGAAUUAAAACGAAAUAGCAGUCAUUUUCUUAAGGAUUCUUAUCGAUAUUCAACAAAUAACCUAUCUUCUUCUCAGCAACAGCAACUGCAACAGCAGCAUCAUCGUCGUCCCUCAUUGACUGAGAAUGAGACUAUCCAUCAUAGUAGACCAAAGACCAUAACACGUACAAUGACGGAUCCAAAUUUAUCUCAGUCAAUAUCAACAGCGACGACUGCAGGAAAAUUAAAAAUUAAAUGUCAUUAUACAGAUACUCGGAUUUUAUUAGCGCCUAUUGAUAUCAGUUUCCAGGAAUUAAAGAAAAGAAUAGCUGAAAAGUUUAAUACCAGUCCGGAUUCUAUUCAAUUAGCUUAUAAAGAUGAAGUUGAAGAGAAGGUACUUAUCAUUGAUGAUGAAGAUUUAGAAAUGGCUCGACAAAUUAAUAGAGCAAGACACCAUAAGCCUUCUGCUGUUGAAAAAUUAGAAAUUUGGAUUUAAUUAUUAUAUUUAUAUUACCACUCUCUUUUCUUUUUUCCAUUAUUAAUAAAUUUGUACAUGGUUAAAAAUAA